AACAACAUAUCACAGUCAAAAUUGAUUCUCUGAGUAAGCAACAAUGGCUUCUUACCGGUGUAUAUGGCAGCCCCCAAUACCGGUUUCAAUCUUUAAUGUGGGAUCACCUCAUUCAGACUAGCAAAGAUACAAAUAUUCCGUGGCUAGUAACGGGAGACUUCAAUGCCUACUGUCUACCGGAAGAAAAGCUGGGUGCCAACUCUCCAGCUUCCCUACGAAGAUGUCAGCGGUUCUGUUCGUGGAUAAAUCAAGCUGAAUUAAUUGAUCUAGGAUACUCCGGACCUAGAUUUACCUGGUACAGGGGAGAAACGCAGGCUACCAGGAAAGCUAGUCGAAUAGAUAGAUCACUAUGCAAUGUGGCCUGGAAUUCGACUUUUCCCAACUCUUCGGUUCAACAUCUCCCCAAAUUCCACUCGGAUCACUUGCCCUUGCUAACGUCAGUGGGCAACCAACACAACACAGAUUAUGGAAACCGGGAUAAUUUCAAGUUUGAGGCUGUGUGGUUGACGGACAACAAAUUCAAGGAUUUUUUAGCUGCUAAUUGGAAUAAAGAAAUACCUCUACAGCAAGCCUUGAAGGAAGUUACCCCUAAAUUACAGCAGUGGAGUAAAGAAGUGUUCGGUUCUGUUAACAGGAAGAAAAGGAGAUUGUUGGCUAGAUUGAAGGGUAUCACAGACCGGUUAGCAGUUUCCUUCAAUCCUGGACUGUUGAAGCUUCAACUUAAGCUGGAAGGAGAGCUUGACUGGGUACUAGCACAAGAAGAAAUUGUCUGGUUUCAGCGUGCCAAAGAGAAAUGGGCGACUCUGGGGGAACAAAAUACAUCCUACUUCCACCAUCAAGCCACUAGACGUAAAAGAAGAAACAAAAUUUUAGCUCUCAGGAAUGCAAAUGGAGACUGGAUAGAUGAUCAAGAAUCUCUCCUCAACAUGGUUCUGAAUUUCUACACCACUCUCUAUACGGAAGAUGGGGAUCAGUAUGAGGACCUCAUGCCCAAAAACGUUUUUCCCAGGCUGCAGCAAGAAGAUAGCAUGGCUUUACAUCGUCCCUACCAUAUUUCUGACAUCCACAAAGCAAUCCAUGAUAUGAAACCUUAUUCAGCUCCAGGUCCGGAUGGUUACCAAGCCAUCUUCUAUCAAAAAUUCUGGCCAAUAGUGGGGAAAAACCUGGCGGAUAUGGCUUCAAGCUACUUUGAAAUAGGCGAGAUUCCAACAGAGACUUUGGAUUCGACAAUCGUUCUUAUCCCUAAAAUGGAACAGCCUGAGUCUCCUGCUCAAUUCAGACCUAUAUGCCUGAAUAAUGUCGCCCUCAAGGCAAUUACUAAGGCAAUUACCAAUAGAUUAAAGCCUUUGAUGCCAAAAAUCGUUGCUCCCACUCAGAGCGGUUUCAUUCAGGGUAGGCAGGCAAAUGACAACAUACUUCUUCUUCAAGAAACCCUUCACACUCUCCGAAGGAGGAAAGGGAAGAAGGGAGGCUUGGUUAUAAAAAUCGACCUUGAAAAGGCCUACGAUAGACUCCGGUGGGACUUUAUCAGAGAUACGCUUAAGGAGGUCGGGCUGGCCAGCUCUCUCAUCAGCAGAAUCAUGACUUGUGUGGAAAGAAACAAGAUGCGAAUCAGCUGGAACGGGCAACUCUCGAAUCCAAUUAUCCCCUCCAGAGGAGUUAGACAGGGAGAUCCCCUAUCACCCUUCCUUUUUAUUCUUUGCAUGGAAAGAUUGGCCCAUAAAAUUGAACAAGCAGUCGAGGCAAAACUUUGGAAACCAUUACAACUCUCAAAAAAUGGUCCAAAGUUGUCCCAUUUAUUUUUCGCUGAUGACCUUGUUUUAUUUGCAGAAGCUGAAGGGAGUCAAAUCGACAUCAUCAAGAGGUGCCUUGACGACUUCUGCAGCAGCUCCGGACAACGGGUUAAUCAUAGCAAGUCGGCAAUGUUCGUCUCACCAAAUGUUCGACGAGAUAAAGCUGCCAGACUUAGCUCCCGAGCAGGAAUCAACCUUACGGCGGACCUGGGAAGAUAUCUAGGAAUCACUGCAAUAAACGGCAGGAUAACCAAGGCCCGCUACAAGGAACUCCUGCUCAAAAUUCAGAACAAACUAGCGGCGUGGAAAACAAGACAUCUCUCAAUGGCAGCUAGAGUUACUAUGGUGAAAGCAGUAACUUCUAACAUUGCUAUAUACCCCAUGUUUUCUGAACUUCUUCCUGUUGGUGUAUGCAAAUCGAUAGACAGGUGUAAUAGAAGUUUCAUUUGGGGAGAAGAAGAAGACAGACAAAGCUUCACUCGGUGGCGUGGGAGCAUUUAACCCAACCUCGGCAUCAAGGAGGUCUUGGAAUCCGCCCUACAAGAAGAACCAAUCAAGCCAUGUUGGCAAAGGGAGCAUGGAAACUCAUAACAGACGAUCAAUCUUUAUGGGUCGAGGUCUUGAGAAAGAAAUACGGGCGCGGCAAGAGAGAUUUGCAGAUGCUAGCAAAAUCAAAGGGAAGUUCUCAU